GUAAGAGUCAAGUUAAGAGUUGGAACUUGGAAGACUUGUGGAGGUAAACACAGACACGUGCAGCUGGCCGCCGACCCUCAUGCACCUCACUUAACAUUAUUAUAUCAUAAUGGCGCAUAGUGAUUCCUCUGAUGAGGAUAGUGUGGAAGCGCCGUCACAGAACAAAGAACUUACACAAGCUGAUGAAGCAGAACCAAAAUUGAAGGGUACAGAAAGGAUUUUGAGUAAGGUAACCAAUAAACCAGAUGAUUAUAGUUUCCUUGAGGAGCCGGGCGCUGCUAAGGUGCAAAACUUGGAUUCCAAUACAGAAUUGUACAUUUUUGCAAUACCAAGUAAAACUUUAGAUCCACUGAACCUGGUAAAUGCACACAUAGUUAUUGGUGGUACAAAAGAGCAAAACCUUAUUGUGCAGAAACAACAAUACAGAAUUGUGACUUGUGAAAAUUCUUCUGCGGAUGACACUUCCACCCUUUUUCUUCCUGAUGAAAAGGGUGAAUUACACGCAGUCAACUCGAUGGUCAAGGGUCGUGUGAUGAUCAGAGGCCAGCUUGGAGACCUUGACAAUCAUUCAAGAAUAAAUAUAGAUGACCUUAGGUGUGUUCAGCACAAACCACCGACAGAUAUAAAAGAGAGGAACUUCUGGAGUAGCAUAGAUAAUGCAGUGGAAUCUGAAGUAAUCAAAAAUACAGUCGACAAGGGAGUGGAUGAAACAUUGACGCACAGUGCAAAGAAGAAGAAAAAGAAGAAGCGGCGUGAAUCAAUGGAUUUAAAUGAUGGCAGCCAGGCUAAGGAAGCAUUGGAUAUUGAUUCAUCUCUAAACACUUCUACUACACACAAAAAGAAAGUAAAAAAAUCUAAACGACAGAAAGAAGUGAAUACAGACUCAAGUGCAGAGAAUCUUGUAAUUAGCGAUGACAUGUUUGAAGAUUCUCCAAAAAAGAAGAAAAAGGUUAAAUCUUUUAACGUUACAGUGUAAUGUGUUUCAGUAUAAGUGAAAUAAAUAAAUGUUAAUAUUAAACAGCUGUUA